GAAUCACAACCACUUAGGGGGACUUGCAUGCAAGUCCAGCAGCAAGUCGAGGGGGUUCCCGGAAUUGGAUCUAUAUGCCUCGUUUGGAAUCGAGAAGUGGCGGUAAAGGUUUCAUGCAAAAUGGCGUCUGGCUCCUGUCAGGAUGACGAUGAAACAGUAAUCGAUAUCUUCAUUAGCAAGAACCUAUGGAAGGAUUACAAUGCCACUUUAGAAAUUAGCAAGCAAGGGAAAUUAGUAGAGAAUCCUGAUCAGGUUAAAGAAAUCACUCAUCUGCUGGAAUAUUGUGGUGAUAAACAUUGUUUUGAUGCAAACAUCACAAGUUUCAAGCUACUUUUAAAACUUGUCGUAAAAAGCAUAAUUCCAAAAGACUAUCUGCUGAAAAAGAUAUUAAUUCUCUCAGCAACCAAAAAGAAUCCCUCCUUAGUAGUUUCAUCUCUCUGGGAAAUUAUUAUCUGGGAAAUUGAAAAUCAACUCAAGAAGACAGAAGAAUUCCACUGUCCUUAUAAAAUAAGGACUCAAAUGCAUCCUUUCAUAGCAGUCAUUCAGCAGAGACCAGAAGCAUGUGAUUAUAUUAUUGAUGCAAUCAAGUAUCAAUAUCUUUUGGCAAUUGAAUCAUCAUCCAAAAUCCUGCAGCAUCUUAUAUCAUCAAUAAAACCAUUUAUCACAUUCGUGCUGCUUGACCCAGAUCGCACUUCAAGAUUCAGGGAUGCUCGCACAUUGUUCACUUGCUUUGCUGAAAUCAUUAAGACCUUAUAUGACAGUGGACAUAAAGAAGAAGCGAUAAACAUUGCAGAAUUCCUGUUCUUGAUAGUACAAUUUAGAAAGACAGCAGAUGAUUUUAUCUAUGACAACACAAUUUUAACAGAACAAUUGGCUUUGUGCUUACUUGGCUUUCAAAGUGACGAAAAUGUGUCAUUUCUCCUGAAAAAGAUUGGUUAUCAUGCAAUGUCACUGUGUCAUAAACUUGUGGAUGUCAAGAGGAACCUGAUUGUGCAUUUGAGCUUGCUUGAAAAGAUAUUUCUCAAUUAUCCAAAGGGUUUUCUAUCAGAUGAAUUUUUGUAUCUGCUUGCUCUCCUGUUAUACAAGAGUCCUGCAAUUUAUCACGAGAAAAUUCUUAGACUGGGACUCCACGUGAUUCCGUGUUGUGUUGCAUUACGUCAUCCAUCCCAAUCUUUAUCCGUUUUGAAGGCGUUCGUCCUUCCUUUGUUCACAAUAAUAGCAGAUCAAAACGAAGAAAAAGAUAGAAGUACUUGCCAGAAAAUAGCUCAUAAUCUUUUUAUGAAUAUUCGAUGUUGCUAUUUAUCAUCCAAAAAUUCUGAUGAUGAGGGCGAUGAUAAUAGAUUUUUGGAAUCCGAGUGCCUGGCAGACGAGCUUAUGAUUGCUAAACAUCACUGCAGACUGUUAAUAGAAAUCAACAGGUCAGAACCCUCUGCUAAAGAGUUCAUCCAUGCAUUCAAUGAAAGCAAAACACAUUCUGACUCAUUAAUACUGAUGCUCUCGACUCUGGUUGUAAAUCCACAGAACGAAAACAUAUUAUCAGAUGUGCUUGCAACUAUCACUACCUUUGGAAUGACCAACCCAAAAAUGGCCAUCAACUUUCUGCCAUUAUUACUGCACACCUCAAACCAGUGCGGUCAAUCGUCUAUGAAGUUUAUGAUUCUUGAAUCGCUACCAUUGUUAGGUACAAACAAGCUUUUGGUAUCACCAGUUUUGAAAGCGAUCCUAAUGCUAAGCACAUCGAAUGCUGUUCUUCCUUUGGCAAUCAGACUAACCAAAGAUUUAUGGAAGAUUCAGCCGAGGAUCUUUCCAUACCUCCAGCAGCUUCUUUCGAAACGAGUUGAGCUCAAAGAUAUGUCACAGGCAAUAUGGGAGGAGCUAAACAUCUCUAGAGUUUCAACUCUAUUAGAGAUCUGUAAACUCAGACCUACACAACAUGGCCCAGAUGUAAUUGGUUUGCUCGCAAGUAUAUUUAAUGAUUUUGAAAAAGGCCAGGUUUGUGCUCGUUCAGAGGUGGCUGAUAGCAUCGUGUACCUAGCACUUGAGGCUUUGAAGUUUCUAUGUGAGGCAGAGGUAUCUGAUUUCCAAACAGCCUGGGCAGAAGUGUCUCCAAAAGUUCUCUCAAGUCAAUCACCAAUCGUUAUCAAGGGUAUCAUUAGCUUCGUAAGCUUGGCACCUCGGGUUCUUGGAAGAUCCACUGCCGAUCUCAACUUCAUCCAAUAUGCUUGUGAUUUCAUAUGGCAGUACGUUGAUCAUGAGAAUCCAAAUGUUGGAUCUGCAGCAUUUGCCUUUUUGACGAACUUCCAGGUGGAUAGUUUUACUGUAGGAAAUUUACCACCAAAAGUACGACCUGUUAUCGCUGACCUUCUGCUUAGAAAACACAACAUGAAAAAAAGGCCUGAAGAUGAUGACUUUAACCCUUAUAGAGAACAGAUUACCGGACCAGCCUAUGCGUUACUUCUCCGCAAUAUGGCGGAUAAAACUACCGAAGGCUACGGCACAUUAUUGACGAAAUUGUUAACAAAAGAAGUAGAGAUGCUGCCACGAAAUAUAAGCAGUGCCACGGCAGCCAGAAGACUUGGCUCAACUUAUGAGAAAUUUGUUGAGGGAAUCCCUUGGUUUCUGCAAUCCAUGUAUCGGAAGACAUGCAAAUCAGCUUUGAUACCAGGCUUAGCUUCUGGACUGCUUAGUUGCUUCAAAACAACCAUUCACCUUGGCAAACGAGAAGAACCAGGCAGAAACGACCUAAUUGAAGAUGCUAAAAUUAACAGACAGAUGCUGGACAAUCUUCUUGGUGAAGUCAACGUGGAACCUGCAGAUUGGCAACAUGCUAUUAUGGCACCAAUAUCUUGGGCGAAAUUGAUGGACAGGAUUUUUGAUGUCACUUUAGAAGGCAGAAAGGCAGAGCUGUCAUUGCAGUUUGACAAAGGAAGCAUAACCGAAGAAUACUUGAAGUCGGAAACCGAAAGCUCUUUUUGCUGGGUGAGAGACCAGUUAACGAGUCAGUUGAUGAAGGCCUCCAAGGGUAUUCCGACAAUGCAAGGCAAUUCAGUUCUCGCAUUGGCUGCGUUAGCAGUGAAAGUAUCCACUUCUAGUGACAAUAAAGGUGAUGACGAUUUGAGAAACCAAUCAGUUCAAUAUUUAGACAAGAAGUCCUGGCUUGCCAAAGUCGCAGACACAAUCAUGGUUGUUCUUGAUGGAAAUUUUAAACCCAAAACUACGCCAUUGCAAUGGUGUCAACAGUUUUCAUCUCAUAAAUCUACCGCCAGUUCGUUGUUGUCGCGUGCUGCAGCAGCCAUUGCUGUUUCAGAAGUUGCUUCGUCCCUUAUUUCUGUUGAUUUGGAGCGCAUUCAACAAAUUACCCAGUUUCUCAUAACACGGAUUACAGGACAAGAAAAAGCAGGCAAAUCGUCCAUAAUUCAAUUCAGCUCUGCUAUUGGACUUGGAAUUCUCCUGAAUCGGCUACAGCAACAAGGCUUCAAUGACGUCAUAGGGCAAGAGGGAUAUUUUUUGUGUGCAAGAGCUUUGCAUGUACUGGAAAGAACAGUUUACGACACAGAAUUAUGUAACAGGGAAGGCGCCGUUUUUGGAUAUGGCCUAGCCUUGUGUGCAACAUUCACAGAGAGUUCAAAAGAUUCUAGAGUUUAUGCCAUCGCUGCUUAUAACAAAUUAGCUGAAUUUGUAAAAAAUCUGGAUCUACAUGAAAAACCGAGUCUUUUAGAUGAGGGAUUCUAUUUUGCUUUAGCGGUUUCAACUGUUAGCGGCUUUUCUGCUGAUCUGAUCAAGGCUAGUGUCGUAGCUGAGGCCUUGGAUGUCAUAAAUUCAGUUCGUAAAAUGCACCCAGCGAGCUAUGUAUUGCAAGCUGCGUAUGGUAUGCUGUUGCAGGGAUCCUUGUACUCUGGCUUAAGCCAGACGAAAAGUCUUGUAGAAAUUGCAGUUGAUCUUUGGCUUCAAGACAUGACAGAUCAGAAAAAGGCAACAGAAGAGCGAACUGCUUGUGUCUAUGGCCUUUUGAACACAUUUGGAUGCAGUUCAUUUCUUUUCCAGUUUGAUCAGCUAGAUGUCUUCGAUGCUUCUUUAAAGAACAAAUUGGCAGUUGUUGUUAAGACGCUUCAGCAGUUAGUAGAAAUAACUGAAGAGUCGUCAUUCUGCAUCCAUUGCUGCAGACUGCUUGGAUUACUCCAUCUUGUCUACCUUGGAGGAACGCAACGACAAUCUGCCUUGCCUGGCAACUAUAAUUAUUUAACUGAAUCAAGUUUACUUCGAUCCCUGUUUGACUGCCUUGUCGAAGCAGGGAAAUCAGGCCCAAACGGCAGAUUCUCAUCACAAGCUGUGAAUUCAAUAAUCCACCCACUUAUUUCCACCUCCGCAAUGAAACUGCCUCCUGUCAACUGGGCCUUAGUACUCAGCCCGCUUAUGAAACUUGGCUUCGAUAAAGAAACAAGGCGUCUUUGUUUCAAGUUUGCUGUUCUCAACAUUUCUUCUUCUGCCACCAUCCCCACCUGGCUGUUAUCAUGGAUGAAUCCUUCAGUUUUUCUGUCUCUUGAGAUUGAAUGCAAGCAAGAAAUCUUAAGCAGCAUCAAUCAUAUCAUUAAAUUUAUUCCAAUAAACAAAGUGAAAAUGGUGGCAAAAGAUAUGAUGCUCAAAGCCUUUCUAGAGCCAGAUGCCACUGAAAGCCAGAAGCUGGCGGUGUUAGCUAGCAUGAAAAAAAUGGCCGAGUUUCCGAAUCCUGUCCAAUCAUGCCUUCUUUGUGUCAAAUGUGCUCUACAAAGAAUAACUGCAAAUGAAGAUGCAAUGAAGGACCAUGAAAAUAUCAAAGGCAUUGCAGACUGUGUCCUGCGACUCCCGAAUGAGCUUCAGCACGAUUUUUUGAACAAUAUCCAGACAACGGAACAUAUUAUCAGGAUUGAGUCAGCUAUGGUUGCUUAUUUUGGCUCAAGAUUGAAGACCAUGGAAAGAGCCUUUGAGCUUUUCUUAGGAGAUCCAGCAAACAUCAGCCACUCUUCAAUGUUGUCAAUAAAAAUUGCACUGCAGCGUCACUUUCUAAGAAGUUUGACAUCAAAAGAGCGUGACGAAGAGGUCAUGUGGCUUCUAGAGCAAAUGGGGAAAAUAAACAAGCUGAUAGUAAACAAACUGGACGAAACUUGCCGCAGCUUACUCGAAAUUCUGGCCUGCACGUUGGCAAUAUGGUCUUCAUCUGGCAUUCAACUGCCAUUAAAAAUGCAAUCAUGUGACAAAAACUACGACUUGGCAUGUUGGGAGUUGUUUGGGCAGCAAUUAGAAUCGCUUUUGUUGACUCCUUCGUGGCAACACUUGCAAGAGAAGAUUUUAGAGUGGUUGAUAACGAAUGCAGAGAAUGUCUCCAACAUGGACAGAAGUAAAUCCAUUAUGUCUUUGUUAAAAGGAUCAAUUAUUCAUUUGAGCAACACUGAAAUUUGGAAGUCCCGAGGACUGUGGGUUAAAUCUAUUGAAUGUUUAGUAAAGAUUUGAUAAUUACAUGUUCAUUAGCAGAAAUUGUUUUCCUUGUGGUUUCAGGUACCAAUCUUAGUGCUAGAAAGUGUUUUCAUUAGAUGGUUGAUAAAUUUGACUAUAUUGAAGAGAUAUUUUCACGAAAAGUUUUCGUUUUCUGUUGUCCACACUAUACGGUGAGCUUGUCUUCACGAACGGCUCUGAGUGUUCUGCCUGCUCGUGAUAUAUGCAAAGAUAAACCUGUUGCCAUUUCUUUAAAAUGUUAAUUAAGUUUUUGCUGAAACACACUGGACACAAACGCGAAUGUUCACACAGUUUUAACAUGAUUUCUACAUCAAUAUGUGACUUGACUCUUCUCUGAAAGUCGGCUUUACAGUUUAUCUUGUUUAGGUCUAUUGGUCGUUAUUCUAAGCAUCCAGCUCUCAUUACGCUGAUCGCAGUUUUGUGGCUAAGUAACAAUAUCAGAUGUGUAUAAAAAAUUAAGCAAGUAUCAAGAAUAAAAAUAGGUAGAAGAAUCUGCACAGAAUUUUACAGUAAGCUUCUUAUCGAAUAAUACUAUUUGAUUAAUAACCUAAAAACGGACUUGUACGCUUAGAACCUCUCUUCUCUCUUUCGCGCAGAGUUGGAAGCAAUUAAUUUUGAUACUAGAAAUGAGAAUAUUUCUAGUAAAUAAAAAAUGCAUGCUUGUUCAGAGAUCUUUCAAACGUUUCUUUCAAUUUCACUGUUAAUUCAUUAAUAGCAGUCCUUCUGCCCCCAUUCAUGCCCUCCCUUGCCACCUUGGUGCCAGGUUUGUCUCCAUGCCAGAUGCUCUAUGCCACAUGUCUCCAUCUUUCUUCUCAAUCAGGCUAGACAUUAAAAUCUUUAAUCAAGUUUUAAUUUUUUUUAAAUUUAUCAUCAUUUAAGACGAAUAAAGCUGCAUUCGUAUAGGUUUUGAUUUCGCUUUUUAUUACACAAGUCGCCUUUGCAAAUUUAUUUCAAGUCUAUUUUUUAAAAAACUGGCGACAGAAAUUAAUUGCUAUCAGUCAAAAACUAUGCAAAGUCAUGCUAAGGUAUGUUUUGAUCUUUUUUCCUUGCACUUUUCUUGUCAUUUUCCGUUUGAAAACUUUUCAUUGUGUAUUAAACACCGCCAUGUGAUAGACGCCACCCUUUUUGAACAUCGUAUCCAAAUUUGGAUUUUGUAUCAAACGCCGCCGCGUUCUUUAGAGGAAAAACGGUAUACCACGAGAAAAAACGGUAUACCAUGAAGAAGAUCCGCUGUAAAUUUAUUUUGUCCAUGGUUGUUUUGUCGCAUUAUAAAGUACAAGAUUUUUAGCGAAGGCGGGUUAGCAUGUUUUUUUUGUAUCUCAGCUCUAAAUAUCGAAGCUGCUAGGCUGAAGCAUGUGGCUUUUGUACUAAACGAUGCUUACGUACAACAUAUGGUAAAUGUCAGGAAAAUCCCGUUUUCUUGACACUUUUUGUGAACAUAAAUACGAAAUUCUUGUGACUGAUUUCCAAUUCCAUUGGAAAGAGGUGCUGUCUUCUAGGCCAGCCGGUGCUUUGAUAUGAGAAAAUAUGGUGGGUUCACUUCUUCUCACCUACUCAGAAUACAGCGUAUCAAAAAUAGUCAAUCGAUUGUUACCUCGGAAUGAAUCAAUGAUUUCGUUAACAAGUCAUUAGCCAGCUGUUCCUUUUAGGAAUGAAUAAAUAAGAACUGCAUUAAAGCCAUGAACAGUACAAUCACAGACUCCAAAGCUUUGCUUGGCUGCUUUCUGUCACCAGGGAGUUUCAACGUAGUCUACCUGUUGCUGUUGUCUAGCCAAGUUUCAAAAUGGUGCAUAUGCAAAUGAUGUUACUGGUUCUGUUUAUGGCCUUCGCUGUCCAUCUCCACGCAAAACCUGUUUCAAGAGAUGAAAUGGAGCCGUAUUACCCCGACUUUUAUGCACACGGUUCCCGUUUUCUCCCAGAUUUUGACUUCGAGAGAAAUUUUGGUGACAUCAUUAAGAAGUGGAAAAAAGUUGCUAGCAGCAGGAAACCUGCGAUGGCAAAGAGAAAUUUUGGUUCUGGCUACAUGCACCACAGGCUGGCAACAGCAGGACAAAGCAGGCAGCAAAAUUUAGGAUCUUUUGGAAACCAAUUCCACAAUAUCUUUGCUGGUUAGACAUUUUACUGUUUUGCAAAGUUUGAAGAUAUCCAGAAUUGUAAAUCGUUCACAAUUAUUUAUUUGAUCAGCUUCAAAGUUUAUUUGCAAUAUAUCUAAAUCGAGGAACGAAACUUCAACCAAACAACUAGCUGUUUUGUAUAAGGUAGCAGUAUAAUUUGUAGCAGCAACUGUAGCUAUCAAGUAUUCAAUAACAAGACUGUCAGAUAUUGUUGUGA